AUGUCAGGUCUAGAGGUCCUCGCGAUUCGUCAUCUACGUCCUUUCUUGCACCACAACUUCUUCCUGGGCAUUUCGCGGCUUCAAUCCGUCAAGUCGCUGCAGUUAUCUCAGUGCACGUUCAGCAAUAUCUCACAGCUGCGACGGAUUGUCUGCGCCUUGCCUCAGCUGCUUCAACUCGCUCUAUCUUAUGUCAGGCUCCGAGUCAUCCGCCACCCGCCUGGUUACAACUCUAUUCAUUAUGUGGGUGUCGAAACACGCCUCCGGAGCCUGAGCAUCACUCUCGACGGCUACAUCGACGAAUCCAUGGAAGUAGUCAUUGACUGGAUUUUUCACUCGGGAAUCGGUGCCAACCUCCAAGAUCUGUCGGUUUGGGUCGGCGACCCCGCACCAGACCCCGCGCUGAGACAGAAUCCCAACAAACUUCUCGCAGCAUCUGGGCCAUCCUUGACUCAAUAUACGGAACAGUAUCAAUCGGGCCCGUACGGCCGGAAACGACAUGCUGGUCACCUCGAUUUCGCAGCCAAUACCACGCUGCAGGCAUUUGCUAUUGCAUUGGAUACCAUUCGCCUCAACCGUGGCCAAAGGAGCGACUGGCUUCGCGGGUGGUCCGAAUUAGUGGACCAGUUGCGUGGCAUCCUCGCCACUGUUCGAAGCCGCCAGGUCCGGGACAUCAAGAUCAACGGUCGGAUUCGCUUUUGGAGUGAACCUGCUGGUGACUUCACCGCCAUAACCGAGGACCUCGAUUUAGCAAGACUGCAUGAGGUCAUGAGCCAACCGAGCUUCGACGCGGUGCACGAGGUUGAGGUGAAGGUAGAAAUCAUAGACACCGUUCCACGUACAAGCGCAUUAUCCACCAACUUGGACUGCGAGAAGAACCGUCAACGCGUUGAGGAUAUCUUUCGUGGCUUGCUCAACCCAUGGUCUGGCCGCGCUACCGUUCGAGUUUCCAUGAGGUCACACUAUCCUAUGCCCAGUGAUUGGCCGCAGAUGCCUCGUCGGCUCAAGCUCUGA